AUGCAAGGACAUCCCGGUGCAUGUGCGGCACCCCCCAUGAACGACUUUAACGCCGGAAUGCCGCAAGUCGGCGCAUUCGAGUUGAAGACACAAUUUUGCACAAGGGAAGGCGAAUAUCGUCUCCUGCCGCAGUGCGACCUGAUAAGGAACAACAGGAAUGGAUACACUACCCAAACAAAUACACCGGUGAAAAUUUCCUUCAUACACGAUAAAAUCUGUUACAAUGUUGGUCGGGAUCUAUUCAUCUUCGCAUACAAAGGAGUUCUGAAAGCAAUCAAUCCCUCCAAACCGAUAGAUAAGAAGUUGUACAAGGGUAGUUUUCCCACCUGUCACGAUUUCAAUCUCGUGGCGUCAACUCAUGAUCUUCAACUCCUUGUGGGUUACAGCGCGGGCCAAAUACAAAUCGUGGAUCCGACGUCGCGGGAUUUGUCGAGGAUCAAAGUUUUCAAUGAGGAGCGAAUUAUCGACAGAACCAAGGUGACGAACGUGGCUUGGGUUCCUUUCUCAACACAACUUUUCCUAGUAUCGCACAGCUCAGGCCAAUUGUAUCUGUAUAAAAGUGACUGCACUUCGGGCCCUCAAGCACCCCACUACCAAGUUUUCAAGACCGGACCCGGCUAUACUAUCUACACCUGUAGAUCAAAGCAAACCCGCAAUCCGCUGUUCCGAUGGGUGAUCGGAGAAGGAUCCUUGAACAAUUUUGCAUUUUCUCCCGGAGAAGGAAAAUACCUGGCGACGGUGAGCCAGGAUGGAGUCAUGAGAUGUUUCGAAUACGCUCGAAUGGAUCUUAUCGGCUCGUUCCGCUCAUAUUUCGGCGGGCUGCUGUGUGUCGCGUGGUCGCCGGAUGCAAAGUAUGUCUUAUGCGGAGGUGAGGACGACCUGAUCACGCUGUGGUCAGUCAGCGAGAAACGAGUCGUUGCCCGUGGGCAAGGUCACAACUCCUGGGUGAACUGUGUGCAAUUCGACCCGUAUCUCUGCGGCGAUGGGGGUUACCGGUUCGGUUCUGUUGGUCAGGACACGCAGCUCUGUUUAUGGGAUGUGAAUGAGAGUGAUAUGCUUAAGCAACCGAAACCAAAGAAGCUAUCGUCGCUGCAAACAGUGAAUAGUAACGGGGGAGUCGCCAGCAACCGAGAAUCGACAAGUCCCCCCGCGCAGCCAGACCAAAACAGCAAAAAUCAUCAAAAUAAUAACUCUGCUCCGACCGCACCUCAUGCGAAGCAUAAGGAGAACAGCAGUGGAAACCAUAAAGACAAGGAACACUGCAAUGGUGCAUCCGGCACUCCUCUGCCGAUACAAUUAGGCUGCACACAGUGUCCUCGUUUGAACCAAGUGCCGAUGCUCGAGCCUUUGAUCUGCAAACGGAUUGCGCCCGAGAGACUGACAUCAUUACAUUUCCGAGAAGACUCCAUAAUCACGGCUUGCCAGGAGGGAUACGUCUUCACUUGGGCUAGACCUGGGGUCCGCGUGGAUUCUGGAGAACGAGCAGAUUUCGGAACGAGUGUCGCCGCCGCGUUCAUCGACAUCGACUUGCCUUCAACAGCCAAUUCCAUGAACAACAGCAGUUCAACCCUAACCUCGAGUGGCGCCACGGACGUAAUCACAACAUGA